AUGGAGACCUCGACGCAACAAAACCUGACCAGCGAGAAAGGCAUCGUUAUCCAAGAGGAGACGGUCCAAGCGCACAAUGCCACGCUGGGAAAGAUUCUCCAGGAGAACAAACCCAAUCCUUGGGGCAAAGGAUAUCUCAGACUAUACUGCAUAUGUCUGCUUGUCUACUUAUGUUCCACCAUGAACGGUUACGAUGGCUCCCUUAUGGGUUCUAUCAACGCCAUGCCAGCAUACGUCGACUACUACAAUCUUCCUCCCGAAGGCAACAGCGGCACCGGCAUCGUGUUUGCAAUCUUCCAAGUAGGCCAAAUGACUGGUGCACUCUUCACUUGGGCCGCAGAUUGGCAAGGUAGACGCUGGCCCAUGUUUAUCGGUUGCCUCGGUGUCUGCGUCGGAUCUAUCGUCACGGCGACAGCCCCAACACUUGGAGGUUUCAUUGGCGGGCGGUUCUUGUUGUCCUUCUUUUCAACCAUCGCUACCGUUGCCGCGCCACUGUAUCUGAUCGAGCUUGCCCCUCCACAGUAUCGAGGCACAGUUGCUGGAAUGUACAACACUCUGUACUAUCUCGGGUCGAUCAUUGCGACUUGUGCAGUCUAUGGUUCGAAUCUUCAUCUCACAGGCAACAUAUCGUGGCGACUGUCUCUAUGGCUGCAAAUGAUUUGUCCUGGAAUCGUCGCCUGUGGAGUUUGGUUCUGCCCAGAGUCUCCCCGCUGGCUCAUCGGUAAGGAUCGGCAUGAAGAAGCCCGCGCCGUUCUGGCACAAUUGCAUGCCAAUGGCGACACAAAUCAUCCACUUGUCGAACUCGAGAUGAAAGAGAUGGCAGAAUCUUUACGCGCCGAGGGUCUCCUGACUUGGAGAACCUACUUUGAUCUUCGCGUGCUAGUGAAGACUCGAGCUCGUCGCUAUCGCCUGAUGCUGAACAUUGCCUUCAGCUGGUUUGGACAGUUCUCUGGCAAUAAACGUCCACUGACGUGCCCAGAUCUCCCGUACCUGGUUGCCAAUGUUGGCAUCACCAAUACGAAUACCCAGCUACUCCUCAACAUCAUUUACGCCAUCGGUGGGUGGAUUCCUGCCAUGAUCGGUGCCCGCCUCCACGACGUUGUCGGCCGCCGCAAGAUGAUGAUGGGUGUCACCAUUGGAAUGGCCGUUUGCCUCGCUAUCGCAGCUGGAACGGCAGCAGGCUACGAGCAGACCGGCAGCAAGGCAACCUCCUCAGCUUCUAUCGCUUUCAUCUAUGUCUUUGGGUCAGUAUUUGCUUUGGCAUUCACUUCCAUGCAGCCGAUCUACCCAGGAGAGGUUUUGUCGAACGACAUGAGAGCCAAAGGCAUGGGAGUGUUCCAGCUGACGUCCGGAUGCGCCGGAUUCGUAAACACUUUUGCGGCCCCCAUCGCACUGCGCGAUAUUCGAUAUUGGUUCUACGUCUUUUUUGUCUUCUGGGAUCUGUUUGAGUUCGUGUUCAUCUAUUUCUUCUUUGUCGAGACCAAAGGCAGGACACUUGAGGAGCUCGAUGAGAUCUUCGAGGCAAAGAACCCGAGGAAGGCAAGCACAGAAAAGGCGACACUUACCAAACACGUCUAUGUCGACGCGGAGAAGAACAAGCAGGUCAUGUCUGUUGAGGUUGCUUGA